UCCGAGAAGCGGGGUCACGCCGCCGCUUUCAUUGGCUUGGGACACCCCGAAGGUCGGCCCUGACCGGGGGUCAGCGGGCAAGGGAGCCCCAUUUCGGUCGGCCUCCCUCCGGCCGCCCGGCCCUGGCGACUCCGGGGAUCCCCGCCGCGCAAACCCGUGCUGGGUGACCGACUCCCAUCCAGCCUCCCCUGGGGUGGGGAGGGGAGGGGGGUCCUGGCGGCAGAUCCCUCUCCCUCCCUAGAUGCGGGCUGUCCCCCGCGUGGUCCCCCGGGCGGUGGGGCGUCGGUCCGCCCGGAGGUUGCGGGGCGCUCGGCUGCGCUCGCCGCAGCGCUGGUCACUUUGUCCGCGGAGGCCACGGGAGGGGCCGGGCCUCGCUCCCCACCCUCCGGCCGAAGACAGAGUCCAUUAACUAGUUCCGGUCGUCUGGCCCUGGCCGGGGAGGAUCCCCUGGUGCUGCGAACAAUGUAGCAGGUCAGUGAACCUGGAGGAGUCUGUCAGAGUCAGUGGUUGGAGUUGAAGGCUGCUUUGGGUGCCUGCAUGAAGACAGUCCUGUGACCUGGCUAGAGAUACAGGCUACUCGGGAGCAGCAGCAGCUGGUGAAGACAUGGAGGUGCAAUCCUAUUAUGCCAAGCUCUUGGGGGAGUUGAAUGAACAGCGAAAGCGGGACUUCUUCUGUGACUGUAGCAUCAUUGUGGAAGGGCGGAUCUUCAAGGCCCACAGGAACAUUCUGUUUGCCAACAGCGGCUACUUCCGAGCCCUGCUCAUCCACUACAUCCAGGACAGCGGGCGGCACAGCACCGCCUCCUUGGACAUUGUCACCUCCGAUGCCUUUUCCAUCAUCCUAGACUUCCUGUAUUCGGGGAAGUUGGAUUUGUGUGGGGAAAACGUGAUCGAAGUUAUGUCGGCCGCCAGCUACCUACAGAUGAAUGACGUGGUAAACUUCUGCAAGACGUACAUCCGGUCGUCCUUUGAUAUCUGCCGAAAGAUGGAGAAGGAGGCUGCGGUGGCUGCAGCGGUGGCAGCGGCAGCAGCUCAUCAGGUGGACGGUGGGAGCCCCGGUUCAGGCACAGAGGGGGCCUCCUGUGACACCAAGAGCUUGGUCUCCUCUACAGCCAAGGAAGAAGAGUGUGUGGACUGUCCCAAGGAAUCCCCUUGCGGCGACUGCCACCCCCUGGAACCGGUGGUGAAGGGCAGUGAGGGCAGCGGCUCAGCUGACAGUGACCUCUCUGCCCUGCCCAAGCAGAUAGAGCCGAAGGUGGAGUUUGAUGCUGACGAAGUGGAGCAGGUGGAGGUCGGCGAGCAGCUGCAGCAUUACGCCGCUCCACUGAGCCUAUCCCAUGUGGAGGAGGGUUUGCCCAGUAGCCAUCCCAUGGACAUGUCUUACGGCAACUACCACGUGAAGCAGUUCUUGGAGGCCCUCUUGCGCAACGGUGCGGUCCAGAGCAAAGACGAUGCGGAGCAUCAUCACUUCUCUCGGAGUUUGGAGGGAAGAUCAGAUGGUAUAGGAGGAGCCAUGAGUUCCAUGAUGGAUGUCCAGGCUGACUGGUAUGGCGAUGAUUCAGGCGACGUGCUGGUGGUCCCCAUCAAGCUCCACAGAUGUCCUUUCUGCCCUUACACGGCCAAACAGAAGGGCAUCUUGAAGCGGCACAUCCGCUCACACACGGGCGAGCGGCCCUACCCCUGUGAGAUCUGUGGCAAGCGAUUCACUCGACAGGAGCACCUGCGGAGCCAUGCCCUGAGCGUCCACAGAUCCAACUGUCCAAUCAUCUGCAAGGGCUGCAGAAGAACCUUCUCGAAUCACAUGUCGCAGGGGCUGAGGCGCUUUGGGCUGUGUGACAGCUGCACCUGCGUGGCAGACACACAUGACGACGAGUACAGUUUGAUGCCCAUCAACCUCAGCCUGGUGGAGGCGUCCUCGGAAAGCCAAGAAAAGAGUGACACAGACAAUGAUUGGCCCAUCUACGUGGAGUCCGGUGAGGAAAACGACCCUGCCGGAGACGACUCUGACGACAGACCGCAGAUCCAGCCCAGCCUGACAGACCGAGAGACACUCAUGUAGCAGCAGAUUGGCGGGGAGAGGUUUUGGGAUUUGUCGUUGCUCUUUCUGUGGUUGAAAGACACCAUUUGUUCGGUUUUGUGGAACCCUGAGAUGAACAUUUUUUUUCCGUGUCAAUAUAUUUGCAUUUUCGUUAGAUGACCUAGUAGAGGUUGGAUCUUGUGACUCAAAGGACUAAUGAGUUUGUAGUUUGGUGCCCUUGAUCUCUGAGGGCUUUGCUGACCUUUCCUCAAUUCUGAGUGAGUCCAGGCUGGCCCUCAGGCGUCCCGUUUUUCCUGUUGUGCACCUGAACUGUGAUUAGGAGAAAGAUAAGAAACCCCCAUGCUUGUUCUCAUAGUGUCUCCAUCUCUGCAUUCCUUCGUGGUCAUCCUCUUUUCCCCAAAAAGGCGGGCAAGGAUGUAUUAAGUUUUGAGAAAAAUUUUACCUCUGCCAAGCCUCUCCUUAAUGAAUUCCAUAUUCUAAUUUUCCGAAGUAUUUAAGAGAAAGCUUUAUUGUGCAGGGCAGGCAGGACUGCCUUCUACAUGAUUGUAAAAGCUACUUCCUAAAUCUAAGGCUGCCACUGUCAAAGCUGGGGAUGUCUGUGUGCAUGUAAGCAUGGAAAUAAGCUCAAAGCCUUCUUCUGGCACUUUGGCUUGCCCAGGUGGAUUAAAUGUUCAGUUUGUCCCGAGGAGGGACCCUGUGAGCUCAGGUCUGGAUGGUUUCCCUGCUUAGUUUGGCGUCUGACAAUUCUCUACACGCAUAUCACCUAAAACAAAUCAUCUGAGCAAAACUAAACAUUCUCCCCUGCUUUUCCGAGCCAUUUCCGGAGGCUGCACUGCUGGGGCUGUAGCUACCACUGACAUUCUUUCACUGAGUUUGUGAAUGGAACUUUAAUUGGAGGGAAAGUGUAAGCCCAUCUAACCAAGUUAUAUUUCCAAAGUGCUUCCCUUUUAAAAGACCCACUGGAAGGAAAGAGAAGCUUGUGGAAGUACAGGAUUUUAAACCAGUCUGCUUUUCUCCACUGAGCAGCCAUACAUUAUUCUAACAAAAGGCUGUACUUCUUUAAAGGGCUAGCGAGCAGGAAAUAUUAGGGAUGUAAAAUAUUUAAGGCACUUUCAUAAUUCUGUCUUAUGUUAAGGGAUCCAAAAUGGAUUUUCAAAGAAAUCCCUAAUGAAGCGAAGUAUGCAAACAAAACACUUUCCUUUGAACUUGGAAAAAAAUAAAAGAAAUCCCUUUUUCUUCCUUGAAUUUAGGAUAGUUAUGUUUCAAAAGGUAGUAAAAUCACUUUUUUUCUGUCUCUUAAACAAAAAGAUCAUCAAAACAUCAUAAAUUGGCUUGUAAAUGCUAGUCAUUGAAGAGUUCAAAGGUAUUUGAACUCCUCGGUAGAAGUUAAAGUUUAGCUCAUAUGACUCAAACUGUGGUCCUCACACAGUGCUGGUCUGAGUUGUUUGAUACCAGUCCGCACAGCAGGACCACGUAUUGGUCUGCAGUAGAUUGGAAAUUUAAAAAGUGAUCUUGUGCCCUGGCCAGUGUGGCUCAGUGAUUCGAGAAUCAGAAUGGGUGUGCCUGUAUUCCAAUAAAACUUUACUUGCAAAAAAUAGGCAGUAAGCAGGAUUUGGCCCAACCUAUUUUAGAUAGUACUUUUAUUUUUUUCUUAAUAAAUAAUGUUAAUGAAAGUGUAGUUAGUGUUUAGUGUUAGCAGUUCUAUAUUAUUAUAGGUAAUCUUUUUAAAAUCUGUAGGCUAUAGCCCAGCCAGACUGGCUCAGUGGUUGGGUGUCAGCCUAUGAACCAGGAAGUCGCAGUUUGACUCCCAGGCAGUUUGAUGCCCAGUCAGGGCACGGGCCUGGGCUGUGGGCUCCUAAGGGCUCUUGUGGGCUCGUCCCCGGUGUGGGGCAUGUGGGAGGCAGCCCAUUGAUGGUUCUCUCUCAUCAUUGAUGUUUCUGUUUCUUGCUCCCUUUCCCUCUCGGAAAUAAAUAAAAAUAUAUUUUUUAAAAAUCUAUAGGAUAUAGCCCUAGCUGGCAUGCCUCAGUGGUUAGAGCAUCAGCCUAGGCAAAGAAGGGUCUCGGGUUCGAUUUCCAGUCAAAGGCAUGUACCUGGGUUGCAGGUUCGCUUCCUGCCCCAGGUUGGGAGCCUGCGGGAGGCAACCAGCCUAUGUAUCUCUUUUACAUUGAUGUUACUCUCCCUCCCUCCCUUCCUCCCUCUUUCCCUCCCUUUCACUCUCUCUGAAAAGCAAUGGAAAAAAUAUCCUCGGGAGAGGAUUAACAGAAAAAGAAAGAAAACAUGGUCUUUUCCCACAGAUAGUUUCAAAAUUAUUCUAAAUCAACAGGUGCAAAUUGAAACUUCUUUAGGACCAGACACAUUUUUCUUAAACCUAUAAUAAAAUGAAAAUAUUAGCUGUUGUUCAAAUAGAGGGAUCUUAGCGAAAGGCAAACCUCAGUGGAUGUGUAGAAGCUCUACUUUGCAAGGAGUUAUGUUUGAUUGCUUUUCUCUCUGUUUAAAGUAUUUUUGAUAUUUUAAAAGACUUUCUACCUCACAAUUUCACUUCUCUGCCUAGUUUCUCUGGUAGAGCAAGGAGCCUCUUCAGUGACCCCAUGACCUAUUCAUAUUACUGGGUGCAAAGUAA